ACCGUCAGUCGAGCUUCAUUCGCAGGUCGCGUAAUUGCAAAUGCAAAAUGUGGAAAAGUUUGUGUAGUUUUAAAGUAGUAUUAUUUAGUAGUUAAAUUUAUAUUAUGGUGUUAAAAUGCCUGCAUCAAUUGGUGUUAAUUUACGUGUUACUGGCCACUGUAGCCAAGGUGGUAGAAAGUAUAUGGAAGAUUUGUUUUCCGUUGCGUAUCAACAAACGGAAGAUGAGAGGGAUUUGGAGUAUGCUUUUUUCGGAAUAUACGACGGUCAUGGUGGUGGUGAAGCAGCAGCUUUUGCCAAGGAGCAUUUGAUGGAUUCGAUAGUGAAACAACGACAAUUUUGGUCUGAUAAUGAUGAGGAUGUGCUUAAAGCAAUUCGAAAUGGUUACAUGUUGACCCACUUGAACAUGUGGAAAGAAGUAGAGAAAUGGCCCAAAACAGUAACUGGGCUCCCAAGCACAGCAGGAACAACUGCCAGUGUAGCAUUUAUACGUCGUGGAAAAAUAUACAUUGGUCAUGUCGGUGACUCUGCUAUUGUGCUCGGCUACCAAAAAGACGGUUGUGAAGAAUGGGCUGCCAAGCCAUUGACAUCAGACCACAAACCAGAGUCUACAGCAGAAAUAGAACGCAUUCAAAGAUGCGGCGGAAAAGUUAUUUCAAAGGCAGGUGUCCCACGAGUGGUGUGGAAUCGACCUCGUCUGGGACACAAGGGACCAAUCAAAAAGAAUACCCCAAUGGAUGAAAUACCGUUUCUUGCUGUUGCACGUUCUCUUGGUGAUCUUUGGAGUUAUAAUACACAAAAUGAUGAAUUUAUUGUGAGUCCUGAUCCAGAUGUUGGAGUGCUAACCAUAGAUCCCACAAAGUUUAGGUGCCUUAUUUUUGGCACUGAUGGGUUAUGGAAUAUGAUAUCGCCAGAAGGUGCUGUAAGAUUAGUUCAGGCUACAGAAAAACAUAAUGAGGCUGCUCUGGUAGGAGGUGGCAGCAAUCAACCAAGGGACUGGCUGAAUCCAUCUAAAAGCUUAGUGGAUCAUGCUCUUGAAAGGUGGUCCAAUACACGAAUGAGAGCUGAUAAUACAUCUGUAGUAACAUUAAUGUUAGAUCCUCCUGGACCACCAAGAGCUACAGUGCUACUUUCGAGGACUUCAGCGCAAAAGCCACAAUCGUCAUUGCCAUCAACAGUGCCUGUGCCAAAUGUUGGCGUUCCCCCUCUACCUUCAAAAACUGAAGAGCUUAAAUCCGAUGUGGCAGUUGAGAAUGACACACGACAAGUGCCUCAGAAUGGACUAACUAUAAUGACGAGGUACUCUGAUGUGGAUAAAACAGUUCCUGCAGCAGAUGAUUCUGAGCGGACUCCUUUGCCUCCAUGUGCGACACUCGAUGGUCGGUUCUCUGUAGGACAUAGGGAGGAGACUUCACGUGAAGAUGAUGGUAGGGAAGAUACAGAAGCCAUCACUAAUUAUGGAAAUCCAACAGAGUCUUACUUCAUGGCUCGUUUACUUAGUCGAACCCGUGUUAUCAACACACUUUCCGAAGUCUAUGAUGAAAUUGUUCAUGGUCAUUUGCCUAGAGACGAUUCCGAAACACGGGAACCAUCACCGCCCUCUGCAACCGAAUUGCCUGAACUUGGUGGUGGAGACACCGGCAAUUCUCGUAUUACGCCAGCCGUUACAAACGAAACACCCCCUGAAAACGAAGAGGAAGGCGAUGACACCAAUGGCGAUGUCGAUGACGUUAGUAUUCAGAUUAAUGAGGUAUCGUCUAGUUCGCCUACCGAAGGUCCACCAAGAUCCCGAGGUCGUCGAUUCAGAGGUGAAGCAAGGAGAGAUGCUCCUCCAGCUGCGCCAAACGACAGAGUUUUGCGUUCCCACCACGAAAUCGAACCGCCGCAACGUCCUCGAACUCGUCUUACAACAACGCGCUCACGACUUCCACCCGAGCCAGCACCUCUUGAUCGCGUCGUUAUUCUCACCCGACGUGGACCUCCAACGACGCCAUCCGUGGCUCGUGCGGAGCGAACGCAACCAGCUGAAACCCGUCCACCACCACGUCGCCCCGCACCCGAUCCCUUGCCCGGUGAAGGCGGCGGUGGUGGAGAUGAGGUUCGUCGAGCUACCCGCUCGCAGAACGCGAUCGCAGCAGUCGCAGCGAGAGUUCCGCGCGAGACGAGAGGCGGCGCGGGAAACUCGCUGCGCGCCCCGGGGCCGGUGCGGCGGGCCCCGGUGGCGCGGCGGGAGGCGGCGGCACGAGGCCGCUCCAAGGAGAACCUCGGCGUCGCUCGCCGCCGCGUGCGCGCUUGCGCCGCGCCCGCCUCGCCCUCGCCGCCUUCGCGCCCGCCGCCGCGCACUCGUCGCGCAGAUAGCGCGUCCGGGGAGCCCGAGGUGCACUCCACAACCGGCGAGGCGUGCGGAGCGGCCGCGGGGCCCGAGCGAGCUCUCCGUUCGCGUAACGAGGCGGUGGCGCCCCCGCGUGCUGCUUGCAAGCGCACUCGCGCCGAGGAACUGCCGAGUGGCGGUAAGGCAGCGCGCCUGUCGUCGGAACGGUGUGCGCGGGCGAUCGGCAAACGCGCUUCGGGUCCGUGGGCGCCGGCGCUUGCGCUUCGAAAUCGUUUGAGAAGGAGACUCGUUAAGUAGCGUCCUAUCUAGUAUGUUCGGUGUUCGGUUAUGGUUACCUGUGAGUGUGCGGGAUUGCAACGGUGCCUUCAGUACUGCCAAAGUACUUUGACUUUUAUAAUAUAAAAUGUCGAGGCCGGCGGUCUCGAUCGCCGGUUGCGAGACUCAGAGAGAUCCAAAGAUGACUGUGUCGUAUACGGUUAGAUUUCUGUUGUUAUUUUUUUAUUUUAUUGCUAGACCCAUUUCAGAUAUAGUGCUACAGAGACAUGAAUUCGUCAUUCUUUCGCUUUUACUGUUCAUGGUUAAUAUACUUUUUUAUUGUUUAUAGGGGGGUGAGAUAAAACACGAAUGUAAGUCAAGUGUGACUGUAAUCAAUAGUACAAAAAGUAAAUUGCUUAGUUAACUAGUAAAAUGAAAGUGUGGACCAGACGGACGAAAUAAGCCCAAAUAAAUAUUUAUUAUGUCUAUAUUUAUAGCACCUGUGUUGCAUUUAAUUGUAAGCAAAUAUGAAAAUUUGAUUUUCAUAAAGAUCAUGUCAAAUCAGAGGCUACAUAGAAACAUUCAGCUUAAUAUUGUUAUUGACAAGUGCGUAAAUUAUCACAGAAAUUAUUAUUAUUGAAUAAAUUUAUUAAGUAAAGUAUAAUUAAUACUAUUUAAAAAUCAUUGAUAUACCAAGAGUGCUUUCUCAAAAAUAUUGUAAGUAAAAUUAGUAAUAUAGAAAAUAUAUAUUGAUAUAUGCAGAAUAUUUUUUGUACAGUUGACACCAAAUCCAAAUUGUAAAUUAUUCAUAAAAAGAUAUUUUUUCUAUGCAAUUGUAAUAUUAAGAAACAGAAGUUAUUCUUUUAAGAAAGGAAUUAUUUAUGUACUUCCUAAUAGAAGCUUUAUUAAGUUUGUUAGUUCCGUACUGACUUUUACAUGAAUUGAAAAUUACAUUGAAUUUAAGUUUCAUUUUUGAUUUAGUUUUCUUCAAAAAUAUUGACAUUUGUCUUGUGUUUUGCUACAGUAAUAGUAAGUCUUGGUGCUUUAUAUAACUCUUAUAAAUUUUAGAACAUCUUUCUCUGUUAUUUUAUCUGUGACAUUACCAUCUUUAUUCUAGAUUUUAUCAAAUAAUAUAUUGUGAUCACGGAACCAUUGAUUUUAUAAUGAAGACCAAAAACGGUCUUGUGUACUGCAAUCUUGUUGAGUAAUUAAUUUUAAUAUAAUGAAAAAAUGUUAUUGAACAUUGUAUCAUUAUGUACUAGUGAGAAUGAAUAUAUCUCGCUAAAACGAUAGCAUGAAGUCCAAGCCUGUACAUACGAAAUGUACCUAUAUAGGGAAGUAAAUAAUAUGUAAUGUAAUGUGCCUCAUUUGUUACCGAUAAAACGAGAAAAAACAUAGGUAAAAGUGUUCUUUGAUAAAAUGAGAUAUUAUGUAUUUUUUAUUGAGAAUAAAUUUUAUGAAGUGUAAUUAGCUGUAAAAGAUGAUAUAAUAUAAUUUGUUAAGAUAUGCAUUAAGGUUUUUAGUAAAUUACAUAUUUAACACUCAAAGAAGUAUGGGAGUCAAUUGUUCGAGACGAGUGUUGCACGAGGCAACCUCUAUAUAGUGGGUAUUGAUUUUUUACUUUUAUUAACAAUUUAUAAAAUAUGUUAUAUUGGGAAAGUUUUUAUUGUAGCAAAAUUAAUAUAUAUAUUUUACUUAACAUAUCAUACCCUUUGUGUAAAUUAUAACACUGUGUUCAGUAACUAAAGUCUAAUUGAAAGAAAUGUGUAUUUGAUAUAUCUAAGAUUCCCAUACAUAUAGUUAAUGAUUGAAUGUGUUUGUUUCUUCAGCUAAAGAUUUACACUUAAUUGGAUGUUAAGUUUAUAGUUUUCAACAGAACGCUAGCAUUUGUACUUGUUGAGGGUAAGUUGGCCUUGUUAUGAGAAAUUGUAAGUAGACGGCUAACAAUGGAGAUGGGUAAAGCUGAAACAAAUUUAUUAUUAUACAUAUUAAUACCUAUUGAAGUAAAGAAUUAUUGUAGACUUUAUUUUUUGAUUUAAAUAAAGUUUGUAUGAAAUAA